AUCGCAAUUCCACUUUUAAAGAAUGCCUUCCACUCCGCUAUCCGCACUACUACUCAUCGGGACGGUGUUGCUGUUCGCUACCCCGGCCUGGGCUUUUGGGGCUGGGAAUAUUGUCAACGUUUCUCAGGUUGCUGGGAAAAAUUGGCGUCACGGGGAUAUCGAGGAGGCGCUCCUGGAGCUGUUCUUGAGUCAAGCCGGGAGCAAAAAGUUUGACAGGUUGAAUGUCAAAAGGGUUUACUUUGUACGUGUUGUUGGCUCAUGGCUGAUCGCGGGAAUGGGAUUCCUUGGGCUAACGGGGAAUGCAGGGAAAUUGGCUCAGAGAUUAUUCGCAGGCUGUUGAUGUUGGUGGUUUGAAGCAACUGCCGAAGGAUGCCAUCCGCGUUUUGGUAAGCUGCUGUCAACUUAAGCUUUUAAUGAGAAUCUGGCUGACGGACAGGGACACGUGGCAGUUGUGGGUCUUGUCGUUUAUUACUUUUGGUUUUGCGACCGGAGAGUUUGAGGUUACCGAGGAGCGCCUUGGAUGUUAUCGCCCAGAGGAGCAUAUUGACAACCCAAAGGUUUCCCCCGUAGGCUUUGCUGCUUGUUUAUCAUGCAAUAUCUAACCCUCAAUUUCCUAUAGGGCUACGCCGGUAAUGAGGAUGCCCGCAAAUACGAUUGCCGCCUACGCGGCCCCGUUGACGAGGGCAAGGAGUUGGCUGUGGAUGAGCGUACCGGACUUAAAGCCUACAUCGCAUCCGAGGAUCGUGGUAUGGACACCUCUGCCGGACUUGUUCGGAGGAGGUUUGAAGAAGCUAUUGAGAAGGGCCGAGCAUAUGGCAGGGACGGCAGAGAUGUGGAUCUGUAUGAAGCGUUGAGACUCCUGGGAACUGGGCUGCACUGCUUGGAAGGUGUCACGCCCUCUAAACUUCAUUCUGCGUGACGCUGACUGGGUAGAUUGUAGACUAUGCGGCUCACUCUAACUACUGCGAGCUGGCUCUGAGAGAAUUGGGGCCCCAGGUUUAUCCCCAUGUUGGGGAGCAAACUGAGAUUGAAGUCAAUGGAAAGAGGGUUUUCCCGGUAGUCACAGGAACAUGUGCGAUGCAACUCCUUAUUUGAUUCCCUCAACCCUUACUAACUGCAAGCUAAUUCCUGCUUCUUUGUCUUUAGUUGGAAUGACGGAUUUCCUUCACAGUGUUUUAGGUGAGGUAUCGGACAAAAUGGUGCAAUCCGAGGUCCAGGAUCUUGACAGUAAACUCAGCAGUGCGUCUGAUCCCAACAGGUCCAGCGAAGCCACUUCUACCCUGAAGGGUAUACUUGACAAUAUCCCAUGGGCUCUCCUCGGUAUUGGUGGGGAUUUUGGGUCGGAAGCAGAUCGACUACAACAAAACGCUAAUGCUAAAAAAUUGGAACGAACCUCAAUUCAACCCAAGAUGGAUGUCGCCGGAUAUGACAUGGAAGAGAUGAAGCGCCAGACGGAACAAACUGUAAAGGAUAUCUUCCCCAUUUUGGAGUUCCAUGAUAAGGUUAUCAAAGCUUUCCAAACUGGCAUCGAUAAGAUCCCUGGAGCUAGCGCAUUGAUGGAAAAUCUUACUGGUGCUAUGCAAAUUUAUGUCUUCAGCAUCCUCGCACCCUACAUCAAACCCAUUCUCGAGAGGACUAAGGCUGAGCUGGCUGCCGGUUCCGGUGGUGUUCUGGCUGCCUCUGAGAAGGCCCAGUUUGAGGUUUUCGAGGACGAAAACUGCUCGGAUCCGACUCACUCUAUCCUUUCGAAGGAUCAUUUCACAAAUAUUCUCAAUCCCGUUGCCGGGAGAGUUGCUUCGGCUACAAUUUCAUUUGCCGUUCCUUUAGUUGUUAGCGCCUGGGACGAUAGCAACAAGGAUACCCGCCAAAUCAUCGACGAUAUACUUCAAGUUUUCCAUCACCCGGCCCUCAAAGACGAGAACAGGGCAGGGCAGCAUGCUAUGUUUGAGGCCGUGAAGAAAUGGUGGGAGGAGAAAGAUGAGAGCCAAAGGCACCACCUGGAAGAGGCUCUCAGUAAACAAGGCGUCAGAGAUGGAAAGAAUCACGAGGGCGAGGACCCAAAUCCAGGACCUGGCGGAUGUGGUCAUAGUCACGAGGGUAUUCCGGGGGGUGGCGUUCCGGCUUCCCGCUCUAGUGGAAAUCGACAAUUUAGUUCUGGUGGGGAUGAAGCUAGCCGUAGGGAAUCGUCGUACGGCACCUCCGGCCGCGAUCGCGAAGAAGCCUCCACUGCCGGUGGAGGUUAUGGCUCGGUAAUUGAUCCGGGGACUUCGUCUUAUGGUAGUACUGAGACCGGUUACUCCUCCCAUCGCCAGAACCAGGGGGCCGAUUCUUAUGACUCUUCCAGACGUGACAACGGUAGUUACGGGAGUGCCGGUGGAGGAUAUGGAUCUAAUACCCGAGGCUCUUACGGCUCCUCCUACACCCGUGAUAGCGAUAACCCCCAGGGUCGGGCAGGUUCCCAUGAGCAUACUGGGACGUCUUCCUAUGGUGGUGGUAGCGGCGCUGGACGUAGCGGAUAUGAUAACGAGUCUCCGUCUUAUCCCCGUAGCUCCGGAGAAAACACUACCUCCUACGGUCGUGAGGAGCAAAUUUCUUCCUACGGGCGCGCAGUCUGUGGUGAGGAGGCUAUCCCUUCCUCCUAUGGAAUAUUUGGUCACACUGAGGGGGGUGGUUCCUACACUAGAUCAGGGGGUAGUCGGGAGACCGCUCCACCUGGCAGAUCUGGCCGUGGCGAAGAAGUAUCACCUCACGGAAGAAUGGGCCAGGGCGAGAGCAGCUCCACCUACCGGCGCUCUAGCUUUAGUGGUGGCAUUGAGGAGCCUUCCUACGGGCGCUCCGGUCACUCGUACGGCAGUCGCGAUACUGACACUUCUGAAUAUGGGCCACCUCGCAGGACUGAUGAGGGUGAGGGACAAGGGUAUGGCCGCAGAGGUGUGGGCGGGGAAGGGUAUGGGGAGGAAUAUCGCGGGUAUGGCUACUAAAGUAUUACUUUCUUUUUUGGACUGUGUUUGGCGGCAGCGGUAUAACAGGCUAGUUUGUGGCGUGUAUUCGGAAAUUCAGUUGCUAUUAUGGAACUUG